UCUACAUCCUCUCUCCGUUACACCGAAGCGGUCGGAAGUAAGCCUGAAGGUGCUCGGUUCUUCUAACGAAGCUAAGGCCUGUCAAUCCGGCGACUAGCACCGCCAAAUUUAGGCAUCCAUCGCUAUAAAACUAAAACCUUGCAAGUACAAUGGCUACCGUGUCUGAACUCGCCUGUAUUUACUCCGCUCUGAUCCUCCAUGAUGACGAAGUCACCGUCACGGAGGACAAGCUGAACGCCCUGAUCAAGGCGGCUGGAGUGACAGUGGAGCCUUUCUGGCCCAGUCUGUUCGCCAAGGCCCUGGCCAGCGUGGACAUUGGCAGCCUCAUCUGCAGCGUGGGCGCUGGUGGCGGAGCCCCAGUUGCCGCUGCUACGGGUGCACCUGCUGCUGCUGCUGCAGGGGCAGCCCCAGCUGAGGAGGAGAAGAAAGAAGAAAAGAAGGAGGAGUCUGAGGAGUCUGAUGAUGACAUGGGCUUUGGCCUGUUUGACUAAGCCAAGUUUUUGUUACAAAUAAAAAUUGAAAUUGGCUGC